UUCCUUUUAGUAUCAAAGUUACUUGUUAUUUUAUCACUACCAUCUUUAUCACAUACUUACUCUCUGACGUAAUAAAAAAUGACAAGUUUCGUUGUACGACUUGACACGUGUAAGUACUUACAAUUGCAAUGUUUCACAUUAACAUACAAUUUCACGGCGUGUAAGCAAUCAGUAUGCAUCGACACAAACUAAUUGAAAUUAAAGAGAUAAUCUUACGAGUAGGGUUAUACAGAUUUCAUUACAUUUUAGUCAUAUUUAUACUGUAGUAAUCUGCAAAUGUUGUUUGCCAGAAAUUACACCCUUCUCAUGUAUUUCGGUAAUUAAAAAAAAUAUUGACGCGACAAUCGAUAUACAUUUAAAUAGAAAUGGCGUCGAAACAGUUAAGAGGUUUGGUGAAGGUUUGUUUUGGUUUGUUUUUGCAGGGAGUGUGGCAGGGGUAUUGGCGGCGCUGGUGUCGCUAGUUGCGGCUUCACCGGCUAACUCCUUAUCGGCGGUGUUCGAAGUUUCCUCUGAGCACGUUAUCCAAAAGCAGAUGGCCAUAAACCGAGGCUUUGGGGACGGAGAUGGGGUUGUCGAGCUUCUGCGAGAAGAGUACAGGUAUCCUUUGGAUGGUACUCGGCGAGGCUCAAGGCGGCGGGGCCCGAGGCGGCGGGGUAAGGCGCGGUGGGGCCCAGGGCGACGGGGCUUGGCCCGACCGGCUGUAGAGGAGGGUCCCGGCGCCUUCAAAUCGGACCCAGUGCCGCUCUCCCCUAACGCGCUCAAGAAACAACUCGAACAUCUCAUUCAACUUCAAGAGAAACAAAACAUUCAAAAUAAACAUUUGAGUUCUUAACGGCAUUGUGAUCUAAGAUACGCAUACAACGAUAUGCAAGAUGCAUGUGUAACGUUCAACAAAUGCCCCCGCUGCGCUGACAUACAGAGAGUAACGAGGAAUUAGACACGCCAUGCGGUGUCAAUGUCAACUCAGGUCAUGCAAGUGUUGUGUAGUUGACGCACGUGCUAGCCACAUUGGCCGGGACUGAGUCCUCACAGAUGAAUCGCCUGCUAUAUAACGGCAGGUCGGCCGCGGCGGUGCGUAGUGCUGCGCUGCGCCGGCGGCGGCUAAUUUAAGCCCGACCUCGUGCGAGAUGAGCGCGCGCCCGCCCGCCGCGCCCGCCCCGCGCGCUCGCUCUACCAAAACUCCCACAUAUUAUAUUAUAUCAACGAAUUUUCCGACCGCAUCUCAAACGAAUUGGCAGUUUUCGAAUUUCCCGCUCAUACCUAACGGCUAGCAUGUUUGUGAAGUGAUCUGAGUGAUUUUUUUUGUGGAGAAGACAAAAUGAAGUUCACUAUAGACGUGUUGGGCGUGUUCCUCAAAGUAGUGAUAAAGAUCAACCGUGCGACGUUCGCGCCGCUGGUGGUCUCGGCGCUGUUCAUCCUAUUGACGUCGUUGCUGGCGCAUGCGGCGCGCACCGCCGCCCGCCGGCUCGUCAACGACCCUUUCAUACGAUUGCUGGUCGAGGAGGCAAUCGCCGCCGCUGAACUCUGCGGUUGUUGCUUCGAACUCAUCAUUGUGGCGGAUAACUUCGGCGUGGCGACGUACGCGGUGUUCCUGUUUGUGCUAACGUGCUGGUGGGCGCUGAGCUGGGGUGAAGCCACCGCCUGCCCUUAUACGCACCUCGAGGACAUUAUCGAAGGUAAGAGCGACGUCCGCGCGGCGUUGCUGAAGACAUGGGCGGAGCUGGGAGGCGGGCUGCUGGUGUUCAAGUACGUGCAGAUGUACUGGGCGCUGGAGAUCUCCGACACGCACAAGGACCGCGCCUACGAGGACUGCACCGCUGACUUGCAGGUGCCGGCGCUGUACGGCGCAGUGGUGGAGGGCGCGGCGACGUGCCUGUGUCGGCUGGCGUCGCGCGCGCUCGCCGACCUCAGCCCGCGCUGCGCCACCGCCAUCGACGCCUUCAUCGGCACAUCACUAGUCGUCGCCGGCGUGGUGGCUCGGGACACGGUGCUCGAGUACCGCUACGACGACGCCGCGCCCGGCGCUGACCUCAACGUCUCCCUUCUUUGCAAAGUACAUUUAGGAAAAGCAUUUGACUACUCGGGGGGCUACUUCAACCCAGUGUUGGCGACGUCGCUGAAGGCGGGGUGCGCGGGGCACUCGCUGGCGGAGCACGCGGCGGUGUACUGGGCGGGCGCGGGCGCGGGCGCAGUGCUGGCCCUGUACCUGUACCGGCUGCCGGCGGUGCGGCGGCUGCUGCGCGGCGCCGGCACGCCCACACCCAACGGGGACUCCUUCUGGCCGGACAAGGAGGACUAACACGCACACGAGCGGUUAUCAAUGCUAGUCAUUUUUUCAGGGUUUAUUGAUUUGUAAUUCUUUACUUAUUUUAAAAACAAGGAUAUCUUUAUUUUCGAUUUGGUAAUGUGUAAUGUUCAAAUUUGGGAACGAAGUUACAAUUUUUAUCCACAAAUGUUUGUACAUGUCUUCAAUAUUAUCAUAAGAUUGUCUACCUUACAAGAAGAUUCACA